AUGACGGGCACGCCCCACAAUGGCAGCUGGGAGCCCCCCGGGGUGGUGCCCUUCCCCCCCGGGCCGCUGCACCGGCCUGUGCGGCUGCUAGGGAAGGGCCGCCCAUCUUUGGGUCCCCCGGGUGGGGACUCGGGCCCUGGUUCCCGCAGGCUGGGGGGCAGGGCCUCCCCCGCUCCCCGUGGGGGAGGGCACGUGGAUGUGGUCACCUCGCUCCCGCCCUGCGGGGAGGAGGCUAAGGGGGUGCGCACGUUGGCGGUCGGGGCGCAGCCACCCCUGGGAACGCUGCUGCUGCUCUGCUCCUCCCUUCCGCCCCCUUGGGCCACCGUGGACCCUGGGCCAGCCGAGGACACGGGCCUUCGUCCCCGUCUGACUCAGUUUCCUCCUCUGGGAGGGCUGUUUUGGUUCCCAGUCAGGGAGACCGGGGUGCAGCCCUUGGCGAGCAGGAGGACACGGGGCCCGGGGCCCUUCCCGCCUCGGUGUUUCCAGAAGGAUCUCCGGGCUGAGAGUGCCGGGUGGCCCCGUGGCCCAGCGGUGCGCUGCGCCCUGGCCGCCCCGGCCUUCCUUGGCUCUCCUCCGUCUUCUGAGCUCCUGGGAGCUGCUCGGUGGCGUGGCAGCUGCCGCCUCGGCCCGGGGACCGCGCCUGUGGGCUGCUCGGGGCGUGUGGCCGCCGCCCCCGAACCCCCUCUUCCCCGAGCCCCCCGCAUCCAGCCUGGGCCGCAGCGCCCUGCCCUGUCUUCUGCACCCCCGGGCCCGGGCCCGCCGCCCGGGAAGCGGGGAGCCGCCUCCCCCACCGCGGGGGCACCCACCGGCGAGCCGCAGCCGGUCACGGGAGUCAGUGCCACGAGGCCCAGCGCUUCGCGGGCGGAGGGGGGUGGCCUGUCCCCGCCUGCCCUCCCCCUGAGCCGCAGGACAGACCCCACCCUGCCUGCGGCUCCCUCCCCUGCCUCCUGGCCGGCCCGGGCCUGCGGGGUGGGACCUCUGUCCUCCAGCCUCCGGGGUGCCCAGGACCCCCUCCCCGAGCCCUGCGGCACGGCGGUCCCCCCCCCCCCCAACUCCGGGGAGCUCCGCUGCAGCGCAGACUCAGCAGGCCUCGGUGGAGGACCCACUGCCGGCGGCGCAGAGCUCGGGAGCAGCUCUGAGUUCCGGCGGCCACGGAACGGCGUCGUGGCUUCCAGAAACUACCAAGGAAGUGUUGGAAUAAGAAGAAGCGAGGCUCACGUGGCCUGGGAUGAGGCCCCGGGCUGCCUCGAUGGCGCCCCGGUUACGGGAGCAAAUCUCAUUACGGCCGAGCGCUGGCGACGCGGCGCAGGGACAGGUCGCCCCGCCAGUGGCGGCCACGCCUUGAGUGCGUCGCCUCCCGUCCAGGAGGACCUGGGGGCCCGGGCGGAGCCGCGGGAAGGCGGGCUGGGGAGGACAGGGCGUCCCCUGCGCGUCCGGCUCCCGGGGGCCGCCGGGGCCCUGGCCCUGCCGUCUUCACGCCUCCCUCCCUCCCGCGGAGUGGGGGUGGCCCUCGGGGAGCCCCGGCAACGCGGGCCGGGCUUCUCUCUCAAGCUCCCCGAUCUGGAGAUGUCUUGGAGAACCGUGGCGCCCUGUCCUGGAGUCCGGGAGCACCAGGCUCCCCGUGGCCAGGGCCCCCACUCCCCGCCCUCACUGUCCCGGCCCCAGCGGACCUCGGGACACCCCAGAACACGUGUUUGGCCACAAGUGAGCCCCGAAGGAGAGCGUGCUGGGAAGCGGACGGCGGAGGGCACGGAGGCCCGGCGGGCCACGGUCUCCAUCGCGUCGGCCCCACCGGACAUUCUCCCGUGGCGGGGGAGCCUCCAGGCAAGUGGAGCCUCCCUGACUCCGGGCUCGCCGGGUGUGGGCACGGGACCCCGCGAGCGACCCAUCGGGGAGCUCAGCCGCCACGCAGCGCCCCACGCGGCCGCGCCCACCCGCCACGCGGCGCCCCACGCUGCCGCGCCCACCAGCCACGCGGCGCCCCACACGGCCCCGCCCACCCGCCACGCAGUGCCCCACGCGGCCGCGCCCACCCGCCACGCGGCGCCCCACGCGGCCGCGCCCACCCGCCACGCGGCGCCCCACGCGGCCGCGCCCACCCGCCACGCGGCGCCCCACGCGGCCGCGCCCACCCGCCACGCGGCGCCCCACGCGGCCCCGCCCACCCGCCACGCGGCGCCCCACGCGGCCGCGCCCACCCGCCACGCGGCGCCCCACGCGGCCGCGCCCACCCGCCACGCGGCGCCCCACGCGGCCCCGCCCACCCGCCACGCGGCGCCCCACGCGGCCGCGCCCACCCGCCACGCGGCGCCCCACGCGGCCCCGCCCACCCGCCACGCUACGGCCCCGCCCACCCGCCACGCGGCGGCCCACGCGGCCGCGCCCACCCGCCACGCUACGGCCACGCGGCCGCGCCCACCCGCCACGCGGCGCCCCACGCGGCCCCGCCCACCCGCCACGCGGCGCCCCACGCGGCCGCGCCCACCCGCCACGCGGCGCCCCACGCGGCCACGCCCACCCGCCAGCAGCGCCCCACGCGGCCACGCCCAUCCGCCACGCUGUGGCCCCGCCCACCCGCCAGCAGCGCCCCACGCGGCCACGCCCACCCGCCACGCUGCGCCCCACGCGGCCACGCCCACCCGCCACGCUGCGCCCCAACGGGGCCACGCCCACCCGCCACACUGCGCCCCAACGGGGCCACGCCCACCCGCCACGCUGCGCCCCACGCGGCCGCGCCCACGGGGACCCCGACCCUCGCCGAUGCGCGUGUUCGCGGCUCCUUCCUCGGGAGGUUUCUGGGCCGCAGACGGUCCCCUGGAGGCUCGGCCUCGAGUUGACACGGACGGGAUGGCCCUGCCGUGGACCCCUGCCCUGCGGGCCCCCCGAGGGCCCGCGUCGCCUCCUGAGGCCUGGCCGCACGCCGUGGAUUAG